UCUCUUCAGUUCCCUUUUUUCCAAUGCAUUAGGUUUAUAUGCUCAUUUAGUCAAGGUUUUGACAGUUGAUGGUGGGAAAAUUUGAGUCAACUCAAUAGAAUUUGUGGCAAAAAGUAAAUAAAAUUGCCCACAAUUUGCAUAUUCAGAAGCAUGAUUACACCCAAAGAUGGGAAAUCAUGAAGUGUUUCGGUGUGUGAAAAAGGUUUAAGGUACCCAUGAUUCCAUAAUGGGUGUGGCUGGCCAGCACAUCACAGCGCAAACCAAAUGACUUUGUGGGCAGAUCCUAGCAAUUGGGGUCUUCAUGGAGACGGAGGAAAGUGAUACGAGGCUGAAAAUGGAAGAUUAUGAAGUUAUAGAGCAAAUUGGAAGAGGAGCAUUCGGUUCUGCCUUUCUUGUUCUCAACAAGACUGAGAAAAAGAAAUAUGUUCUAAAGAAGAUUCGUGUGGCUAAGCAAACAGAGAAGUUCAAGCGUACAGCACACCAAGAGAUGGAGCUGAUUGCCAGACUAGAUAACCCAUAUAUAGUGGAAUACAAGGAUGCUUGGGUGGACAAGGGAUGCUCUGUAUGCAUUGUGACUGGCUACUGUGAAGGAGGCGACAUGGCUGGGGCCAUAAAGAAGGCCAGAGGAGCAUUGUUUCCAGAGGAGAAGCUCUGCAAGUGGCUGACUCAGUUGUUGCUAGCAGUGGACUAUCUGCAUUCAAACCGUGUCCUUCAUAGAGAUCUUAAGUGUUCCAACAUAUUCCUCACAAAGGAGAGCGACAUCCGGCUUGGUGAUUUUGGACUCGCAAAAUUGCUCAGCACAGAAGACCUUGCUUCCUCGGUUGUGGGUACUCCCAACUACAUGUGUCCUGAGCUUCUAGCAGAUAUACCUUAUGGAUACAAAUCUGAUAUAUGGUCACUAGGUUGCUGCAUGUUUGAAAUUGCUGCACAUCAACCAGCAUUCAGAGCCCCCGAUAUGGCUGGACUAAUCAACAAGAUAAACAGAUCCUCCAUUUCUCCUCUCCCAAUUGUAUAUUCCUCCACAUUGAAACAGAUUAUCAAGAGUAUGCUGCGGAAGAAUCCAGAACACAGGCCAACUGCUGCAGAAUUGUUAAGGCAUCCUCAUUUACAACCAUACCUGGUCCGCUGCCGCAACACAUCAUCCGUCUUUCUUCCUGUAAAGUCUGAGCACAUUUCAAAGGAUAAAACACCGAGAAAACCAUCACCUAUCAAACAUAGUGCUGGAAAGGACAAUAGAGACAAAGAGGGAAGAGUACUCAAAAUGGCGGGUAGUGUUGAGCCAUUGGAGGAAAAUGCAAAUGUUCAGCCAAGGAAUCUACAGAACAAAGCAAAUCCAACACCCAUAGCUCAAACUGAAGAAAACCUAGAGACCAAGAGGGUGGAUCCUACAAGCUAUCCUGAGGAAGUAUCCAAUGCUGUUGAGAGUUCAAAAGGUGGGUCUACAAGCUGUGCCACAACCAUUACCAAUGAGGAUGAGCAGGUGAACGGUAUCCUUUUAGUACAGAAGGAAAGCCUUGACACCGAAACUUCUACAGGGAGUACACCAAAUUCUCAGCCUGGAGAUGAAAAAGAACAAGACGAAUCAGAAUCCGCUCCCAAACAUUUUGCGCAAAUUCAAGAUGGUGAUAUCAAGAAUGUAACCUCAGAGGAUGAUGCAGUGGAAUCCAACACACAAGUUCCUGCAGGGGCUGAAACAGAGAGCAAGAGUCUUCAGCCUGGAAAUCAUGGGGCAAUGGCAACAUCCAGUGCCAACUCUACAGAUAAAGGUGGCUCUCUUGAUGAUGAAUCAUCAAAUUCAUCAUCAGCCACUCAAGGUAUUGAAUAUGAACCUAAUGCAGAACCCAGUUGCCGUCUACAGAAAAUGGAAAGCCCCGAUUCCCAGGCAGAAGGCGGGGCUCAAAUUGACUACAUCUCAUCAGAAAGCAACGACAUACUCCCAUGUAAGGAUGAAGCAGGAGCAAAAACAGACAAUACUAGUUGCUCCAUGGUAAUGGCGAAAGACGAUAUGAAUAUGAUGAAUAAAGCUCCAAGCGAAGUUUCAUUGCUGAGCACACUGACUGCAGUUGGUGGAGAUGAAACUAAAGGCGAAUGGGAUAACCCGAGCCAGCAGAGGGCGGACGCGCUAGAGUCCCUGCUUGAGCUAUGUGCACGGCUGCUUCAACAGGACAAACUGGAAGAGCUUGCUGGUGUGCUGAAACCUUUCGGAGAAGAAGCUGUCUCGUCCAGAGAAACUGCAAUUUGGUUGACAAAGAGCCUCAUGACUGCACAAAAAUUUCUUGGAGGAGCCUAAUUUAUCAACGACUGAGAUGGUUUGUAUUUUUUCAAUAAAUUAUUGUAAAGGAAAAUGGCCUUCUGUUAACUAUGUUUCUUCCAAAAUGUUUGCUUGAUUCUCACAUAUUAUCCUGUCCUGUCCUCCACAUGAGCUCACCCCACCUGACUAUGUCCCUAAAAUUUGUUUGUGUAUUCUCCAUUUCUGUCUGUUGUGUAAUCGUUUGCAGCAUGGAUUAAAGCUUUCUGAAAUUAGUUAUAUA